ACUGUGGAGUCCUGGGUGAAGGGGUAUGGGGGAGCUGCCCAGAGCCUGAAGAAGGGUAGUUGGUGCAGGAGAAUGCUGUAGCCGAGGUGUGGGCUGCAGCAGGAGCAUUCGUGGCGGCAUUCUCGGCAGAGGCUCUAGCUCAGAGCCGAGCAGCUCAGCAGACAAUAACCGCGCUGGGAGCUGGACCUGGCAGGACCCAACUGUGAUGCUUCCUGUCUGAGCAUGCUCUAACUGCACCAGAAGUCCAAAGGCUACAUAUCCAGUUGAAGAGCUAUCACCAUCAUGGAGACUCAAAAGGAUGAACCUUUUCAGAUCAAGGGAGCAUCAGCUUCUAGAGAUGCCCAAGACCAGGGAGCUGAAAAGGGAGCCAAGAAUAAGACAACUGAGGCAACAGAAGGACCAACAUUAGAGCCUCCCUUGUCAGGCCCAGGUAGGCUGAAGAAAACUGCCAUGAAACUCUUUGGUGGCAAGAAGGGAAUCUGUACUUUGCCUAGUUUCUUUGGGGGAGGACGAAGCAAAGGUUCUGGGAAAGGCAGCUCUAAGAAGGGUCUAAACAAGAGUAAGACCCAUGAUGGCCUGAGUGAAGCAGCUCAUGGCCCAGAAGAUGUUGUCAUUGAAGAAACAGGCCUCUGUGAACCUUUGUCCAAGUCACCUUCUCAAUUUCCUAGCUCCCAGAGUGCUCAUGGAACUUUGGAGAUAGGCUCUAGACAUAAGACACCUAUGACUGAAGCCACAGAGAAAGCUGGGGUUGAAAAGGUACCCUCUGUGCACAAGCCUAAGAAAGGCUUAAAAGGCUUUUUCAGCAGCAUCCGCCGUCACCGAAAGAGCAAGGUUUCUGGGGCUGAUCAGAAUGGGCCAGGGACAAAGGAACUUGAAGGGGCUAGAACCAGGUCUCAUGAACAUGUGCGUUCAACCUCUCUGCCCAGUUCUGAGGAGAUAUUCCAAACUGCUAAAAAGGAAAAUGCCAAACCCCAGGAUGCCCCUGAACCAAAAACUUCUCCAGCACUAGAACAUUUUUCAUCAACUACUGAGAAGACAGCCUCUAAAAAUCCAGAAAACCUCACAAGGACCUGUGCCCCAGAGUUCAAACAGUCCAAGCCUAUUCCUGAAGCCAGUAGCCUAGAGGAGCCCCACACUUUGGAAGCAGAAGAAAAAGUGGUGACAGGAGAGGUAAACCCAUCCAAUGGUCCUGUUGGGGAUCAGUUAAGCCUCCUGUUUGGGGAUGUCACAUCCCUGAAAAGCUUUGACUCACUGACAGGUUGUGGUGACAUUAUAGCAGAACAAGAUAUGGACAGCAUGACAGAUAGCAUGGCCUCUGGUGGCCAGAGGGCUAACCGAGAUGGGACCAAGCGUAGUUCCUGCUUGGUAACCUACCAAGGAGGUGGGGAAGAGAUGGCCUUACCAGAUGAUGAUGAUAAUGAAGAAGAGGAAGAUGAGGAGGUAGAAUUAGAGGAUGAGGAAGAAGAGGUCAAGGAUGGGGAGGAAGAUGGUGACUUAGAGUAUCUGUGGGCAAAUGCCCAGAUGUAUCCAAGAUCUAAUCUGAACCUAGGCUAUCAUGCUGCUACAUCCCCAAGCCACCAGGGCUACAUGCUUGUUGAUCCAGUUCAGUCUUACCCUAGCCUAGGCCCUGGAGAACUUUUGACUCCUCAGAGUGACCAGCAAGAGUCUGCUCCCAAUAGUGAUGAAGGUUACUAUGACUCUACCACACCAGGGUUUGAGGAUGAUUCAGGUGAGGCACUGGGGCUUGUCCACAGGGAUUGUUUACCCAGAGACAGCUACAGUGGUGAUGCCCUAUAUGAAUUCUAUGAGCCAGGUGACAGUCUGGAGAACUCCCCACCUGGGGAUGACUGCCUUUAUGACCUCCAUGGUCGCAGCUCUGAGAUGUGUGGACCUUUCUUGAACUUUGAGCCCUUUUCUUCUCGGCCACCUGGAGCAAUGGAAACAGAGGAAGAACGUCUAGUGACCAUCCAGAAACAGUUGCUGUACUGGGAGCUUCGCCGGGAGCAGCUUGAGGCUCAAGAGGCAUGUGCCAGAGAGGCUCAUGCCAGGGAAGCCUAUGCUCGAGACACCCACACUCGGGAAUCUUAUAGCAGAGAUACCCGAACCCGAGAAGCCCAGGCCCGAGAGGUUCAUGCUAAAGAGGGUCGAGUUCGAGAUACCCAGGUCCGGCAGGAGAAGCCUGUCUUGGAGUAUCAGAUGCGGCCUUUAGGCCCAUCAGUAAUGGGCCUCGUGGCAGGAAAUUCAAGAGCUUCUCAGACUUCCCACCGGGGAACCACCUCAGCUUUCCCUGCUACUUCUAGCAGUGAACCAGACUGGCGGGAUUUCCGUCCACUGGAGAAGCGUUUUGAGGGGACUUGCUCCAAAAAAGAUCAAAGUACUUGUUUGAUGCAGCUCUUCCAGAGUGAUGCUAUGUUUGAGCCAGACAUGCAAGAAGCAAAUUUUGGAGGCUCUCCCAGGAAGGCCUACCCUAGUUACUCACCCCCUGAAGAGCCAGAGGAAGAAGAUGAGAAGGAAGGGAAUGCCACCGUGAGUUUCUCACAGGCCUUAGUAGAGUUUACCAGCAAUGGAAAUCUUUUUUCCAGCAUGUCCUGCAGCUCUGACUCUGAUUCAUCCUUCACUCAAAACCUCCCUGAGCUUCCCCCUAUGGUCACCUUUGACAUUGCUGAUGUGGAACGGGAUGGAGAAGGCAAGUGUGAAGAAAAUCCUGAGUUCCACAAUGAUGAAGACCUCACAGCCUCCUUGGAAGCUUUUGAGCUGGGUUAUUACCAAAAACAUGCCUUCAACAGCUAUCACAGUCGAUUCUACCAAGGCCUUCCCUGGGGUGUUAGCAGCCUUCCUCGAUACUUAGGGCUCCCUGGCAUACACCCUCGACCUCCACCUGCUGCAAUGGCGCUGAAUAGGAGAAGCCGUUCCCUUGACAAUGCAGAGACCCUAGAGCUGGAACUCUCCAGUUCUCACCUAGCCCAGGGUUACUUGGAGUCUGAUGAGCUACAGACCCACCAGGAAGAUUCAGAUGAAGAAGGCGAAGAAGAGGAAGGAGAAUGGGGCCGAGACAGUCCCUUGUCCCUCUACACUGAACCUCCAGGGGCCUAUGACUGGCCAACCUGGGCUCAAUGUCCUCUUCCAUUGGAGCCAGACCCUGCCUGGAUAAGCCCCAGUCAGUUGGAUGGGCCUUUCAAUCAGGCGUCAUACGGGCAGGCAACCUGUUGCAUACCUCCUGCAGGAAUGGCAAUGUCAGUGCCAGGGCUCCCAAGAGCACCUGGAGACUCUCUGCCUCAGCUAGCUAGACCUUCGCACCUACCCUUGCCCAUGGGUCCUUGCUAUAACCUUCAAUCACAGGCCUCCCAAAGUGUGAGGGCCAGGCCUCGGGAUGUACUGCUGCCCGUAGAUGAGCCCAGUUGUGCCCCCAUUUCUGGAGCCAACUCUCUGUCUCACGCCAAGCCUGUAGGCAUCACCCAUGGUAUCCCUCAGCUGCCCAGGGUACGGCCUGAACCCCUUCAGCUUCAACCCAGUCACUACAGAGCUUCCAACCUUGACCUGUCAAAGGAGAGGGGCGAGCAAGGUGCCCCUCUCUCUACCAGCUACUCCUCCUCUGCCAUGAAUGGAAACCUAGCCAAGUAGCCAUCAAUUCCAGAGUGGAGACCUGAGCAUGUGAAUGGGGGUCAGGGGUU